AUGGGUGAGCAGUUGCUUAGUAGAUUAAAUAAAAAUAUUGAUAUAGUAAAGACAAAUCUUCAAGAGAUGAAUAAUCACAUCGAGUUGAAAUCUAAACAGAAAUUGUUUGGCAGGGGCGGUUCAUACAUUUUUACCUGUUACUCAAAUGUAAUUGCCAUUGUCUUUCUCGUCUUGAUGAUGUUAUCAUUAAGAGUUAGACAUGCGGAUGCACAUGUUAUCGAAAAACGCGGCUUUCCGUUUUACAAUUCAAUUGCCACUGUUGUCUCAGGAAUAUACGGAUAUUACAACUACGAUCAACCUAUAUGGAUUCGUAUUGCUUGGUGGGGUUCCUUUUAUGCCGACGAUGGAGGAGUACUGGAUUCAGUUGAGUCAGUCAAAAAUGUCUGUAAGCAGUGUGUUGCAGAUAAGCAGGAUCUUAAUAUGGAUUGUACUCAAGCUGCACUUGACCUGAGUCGAGCAUUAGUGAAAACUUUGGUACUCGCAGCAGUCGAUUAUGGUGCUACUCAUUCCACAAAUAGUGCAAUAGACGGCUCGGGUAUUCUUAAUAAGAGAGAUAAGUACUUAGUUCAGUCUUCUCAUACAAUAAUCAACAAAAGGGAUAACUUCACAUUCAAUGGAGCCACGCUAUGA